CAAAUAAAAGCCCAAACACCUGUUCUUGUUGUUCUUCUAAACAGUAUCUUAGAGUCGACGUAAGAAAAAACAGUUUCUCAAGCAACCAAUAACAUCGACUCUUCCAUCACCAUCACCAACACCAAACCCAUACAACUUAGGAAUUUCCCAAAACCUCAUUUUGAUCUCCAAAUGUUUUCCACCAUUCUCCCGAACACCAUCACCUCAAAAUCCCACCAUCCCUGCCCACCAAUCCGCUGCGGCAUCCGCGAAAUCCGCGACCGAAUCAACUCCGUCAAAAACACCCAAAAAAUCACCGAAGCAAUGAAACUCGUCUCCGCCGCCCGAGUCCGCCGUGCACAAGAAGCUGUUAUCAACUCCCGCCCCUUCUCCGAAACCUUCGCUCAAGUUCUCCAAGACAUCAACCAAAAUCUCCAAAACGACGACGUAGAAGUCCCGUUAACCGCCGUCAGACCCGUCAAAAAUGUCGCCCUAAUCGUCAUCACCGGCGACCGUGGCUUAUGCGGCGGUUUCAACAACGCCGUUGCUAAAAAAGCAGAAACUCGAGUUCGCGAAUUGAAGAAAUUAGGGUUAGGUUGUGUUGUAAUUAGUGUUGGUAAAAAGGGUAAUAGUUAUUUCACACGUAGGAGUUUCAUUGAAGUUGAUAGGUUUAUUGAAAAUAACGGUUUUCCAACAACAAAAGAUGCUCAGAUUAUUGCCGACGAUGUUUUUUCACUUUUUGUUAGUGAAGAAGUUGAUAAAGUUGAACUUGUUUACACAAAGUUUGUUUCUUUAGUUAAGUUUGAACCAGUGAUUCAAACUUUGUUACCGUUAUCUAGAAAAGGUGAAGUUUUUGAUGUGAAUGGGAAUUGUGUUGAUGCAUUUGGAGAUGAGUUUUUUAGGUUAACUUCUAAGGAUGGUAAGUUGGCAUUAAAAAGAGAUGUUUUUGUGAAGAAAAAAAAUGAUGGGUGUGUUCCUGUUAUGGAAUUUGAACAAGACCCCGUCCAGAUUCUUGAUGCAAUGAUGCCACUUUAUUUGAAUAGUCAAGUUUUGAAGGCUUUGCAAGAAUCAUUGGCUAGUGAACUUGCUGCUAGAAUGGGUGCUAUGUCUAGUGCAACUGAUAACGCUGUUGAGUUGAAGAAGAAUCUUUCUGUUGCUUAUAAUAGGGAAAGGCAAGCUAAGAUUACUGGGGAGAUUUUGGAGAUUGUUGCUGGAGCUGAGGCAUUAACACCAAUUGAUUGAUUGGUUUUUGGUUUUUUAUUGUUGAGAAUAUACUGAAAUUCUACAGAUAUAUGAGAUUGUAGAGUUCACUUCACUAUUAGGUUAAUAAUAUUGAAAGUUGAUUGAUAUGGAAAUACAGAGUGUGUAGAUGGAAGAUUUUGACCCUUAAUUCAUUUAUACGUUGUGCUUCAAAGAAUGGGAGUUGCUAUGCUUGAUUGACUCUUAUUAUAUUAUUAUCAAUGGUUGUGCAUUUGAUCUCGAAAGUACAACUCAUAUGACAUUAUUAUUGUUAAUGGUUGUGCAUUUGAUAUCGUGAGUACAACUCA